UAGAGUUCUUUCACGCCUUAUUUUUUCAUGGCACACCUAAAGUCAGUUUUCUGGCUACGCCACCCCCCCCAAAGGCAGAACACUAUCCGAGUAGAACAAACAGCGUCACAAAAGCUUAACGUGGAGGCUGAAGUUGUUCAUUAAAUAACUGGAACUUGAGAAAUGGCAGACACCAAAGAGCCUGGGGUGGCUGCAAACUGCUUAGAAAAGUGUAAGAACUAUGUGAAGACCAAAAAGGGAACUAUCCUGGCUGCUGAAAUUCUCAUCAGUCUGAUCAUCCUGGUCUGCUAUGCGGCUUCCCACUCUGGCGGCUACUCGGCGGUGGCCAUCUGCGAGAUGGUCUUCGCCAUCUUCGUCUUCGCCAUCUUCAUGACCAACAUGGACAAGCAGCUCCAAGUGGUCAACUGGCCGUGGCUGGAUUUCUUUAGGGCUGCGAUCGGAGCUGCUCUGUACCUCAUCACAUCGGUGAUCUGUGUGGCAGGCGGAGCUGGAGAUGGGGCCCGGAUCGCAGGGGGGGUGUUUGGCUUUCUGGCGGGGGUGCUGUUUGGAUAUGACGCCUACUCCAUUUACAUGGAUAUAAAAGCGCCUGCCGGUGAAUGAUGCCGCCGUGAAAGUUCUGUCAGGCAGAUGGACAAAAAAGACAACAAAGGAAACAAAAAAAAAUGUCUACAGUGGAGGUUAACCAGGAAGAGUAAAGGAGAUGAAAAAUAAGCGAGGAGGCCAAAGGAACUGAAACUAUAUUAUGUGCUGAGUUCUGAAUGGAUGAGGGUUAAUGGAAAGUAUGACCAGUUAUGUGUUAACCUGCAUCAUAUCAUCGCACUAUAGACACAAGUUUAAUUUGUCCCAUCAACACAAGCAUUUUUUACAUGUAAUAUUAAGUUAUUAACAUUGUUUAUACUCAGCCCCUCUGAAGCAUUUUGUCUCUCACUUAAUUCUAAUGUUCUUUAAGAAUCAUCCAACUGAAGAUCGAGUAAUUUAUAAUUUAUAUUAGUCCACUUCUCGCUUUUGUAAAUAUAAAUAUUUUUUAAUGUUUCUAAUACUAUAUAUAUUUUAAGUGAAAUCCCAAAAUUAGUUAUUAGUUAUCUUCCAUUUUGAAUUUUGGUCCAAUAAUGCUUAUUUAAUAAAAAACCAGUAUCCUGAUCCAUCAUUUGACACUGAAUAAAAUCAGCCAGAAAACGGGAGCAUGAUAAAAAAUAGACUGUAUAGUUUGACUUCAGUUAAAUUACGUGCUGUUUCGGUUUCAUUUAGUAAAUGUUUUGUACAGAGAAAAAUUUUAAAGCUCGUGUGCUGGCAGUAGAUAUUACAUUUGAAUUAAGAAUACGUGACUGGUGGUACAUAGACGUUUAUGAUUCUGUGUGUAAUAAAAGGCUCUCACUAA